AUGCUUAAGGCACUGCCUCUCUAUACUAAAGAAAGAGAAAAGUCUGACAUGGCAGAUCUUGAGGUAUUGGGAAGCAUCUCCUUUGAUUUGCACAUCAACAAAAAUGAGGAAAUUAAAAAUGCCUUUGUUUCUUUAGUGGCCAAGCUAGGAACAAUGGAAUUUUUAGAAGAGUACUGCGCGCUGUAUAAUAAGAUAAUGCAGAUAUACAAAGGCAGAGGUGCAUCACUCUAUCAUGAAGGCCUUCCUGAAUUUGCCUUUGAGAGCGAGGCUACUAAGGAGAAGCCAAGUGAGAUGCCAAUAGACGAACUUCUAGACUCAUGCGUGCUUCUUCAAGAGAUAUCCAUAAGUACAAGCUAUAUAAAUAAGAGCUGA